AUGUCCUAUAUGGACAGAGCCACUGCUAAGGGUGGUUUUCUCUGUCAAGUUGAAGCUUACUUCUCACUGAAAGGGACAAGGAAGGAUAAUUGUGUUCAGAGUGGAAGCAAGCUGGCAGAGAAGCCCCAGAAACUAGGAGUCAAAUGUAAUUCUGAGUCCACUGUCCUUUCCACUAGAACCUGGGGGACAAGUGGGGAAUCUCUAAAGCUAAACCAUUUGAACAUUGCUCUAGAUGCUGCUAGAGAAGGGACCCUGCCCUUUAUAUGUAAAUGGGAGGGCUUUAGAAGUGAAGUCUGUACAUAUUUGGGGAGCUAG